AUGGGUAAUGUUGAGCAAUGGGGUUUAAAAAGAUCAGUUUCAGAUCACGUAUCGGUGCUUUUCUCAAAAGGGGUUGCUGAUUGGGGGAUUAUGCCAUUUAGAUUUAUCGAUGCUUACCUCAAGAAACCAGAUUGCAGAAAGUUGGUUUGUGAGUUUUUCAAUGUGAACGUGGGAAAUAAUAUGGAUAUUAGCUCUAGACUAAGGAAAUUGAAAGGAGCUCUUAAAAGAUGGAAUGUUGAUUUGUGUAAUAAUUUUGAUGAUAAGGUGGAAGAUUUACAAAACAAGAUUAACGCUCUGGAAGAAGAAGGAAAUAGAGUCGAGUUGGGUCCCCGAAAGCAAGCCGAUCUCCAAGCUUUCAAGUUAGAAUUGUGGGAGUCGUUGAAGUUGCAAGAAGAUCUAUGGAGGCAGAAGUCGCGAGUAAAAUGGUUGGCAUUGGGUGAUUCUAAUACGACAUUUUUCACAAAUCGGUGCAAGAGGAGAGGGUGGAGAAGUGUUUUUAAUAUGAAAUUUAAAAUGAUUUCAGAAUCUGAUGCGAGAAUGUCGAAGGAGCCGUUUUCCUUGAUCGAGAUUAAGGAAACGGUUUGGGCAUGCGAUGGAUCAAGAGCUCCCAGACCGAAUGGGUUCAAUUUGCAUUUCUUUAAGGAGUGUUGGGGUUUGUGA